AUGAAGCUCCCCCUCCUCCUUCCGCUCCUUUUAACGGUCUCGUCCGCUCCGCACCUGCACGCCAGCCCCAUCCUCCCGGACGAUGGCCCCACAUCCCACCUCCGUCAAUCAGGUGACCUCGUCUCGCGCAAACUCGGCGGAAGCAAACAUGGUGGCGUAGCGACCGAAGCCGCACCUUGUUCCGACAUCGGCGUUGAUAUCCUCAAGAAAGGUGGCAAUGCUGCUGAUGCUGUGAGUUGAGGAGUUCGGGGCUGUUGGGAAUUCAGUGAGAAUGGGAGAGCGGGCCGAGAUGGGUAGGGUCCGAGCGCGAUGGCGUGAGAAUUUCUGCGGUGUCUCAGAAGGAGAAAGCUCCUGAAUCCAUCUGGAUGAUCCAUACACUGAUUCCGCAAUCGGUGGUUUGAACGAACAGAUCAUCGCCGCUGGAUUAUGCGUCGGUACUAUAGCCGCUUAUCACAGUGGUAUCGGCGGAGGUGGUAAGUCGCAGUCGGAAUCGCCGAGCACUCCAAAACUUUCGACUGACUUUCGCCCGCGACUCCACAGGCUUCAUGCUCGUCCGAUACAACGACCCCUCCGGUAAAUUCGCUUACGAAAAUAUUGAUUUCCGAGAGACGAUGCCCGCCGGAGGAAACGAGACAAUGUACGCCGCCGACGCAACCCAGAACAAGACGCUCUCGACCAUUGGCGGCUUAGCCGUGGGUGUUCCGGGCGAGUUGCGCGGGUGGGAAAAGUUGCACAAGAGGCACGGUCAUUUGCCUUGGGUAAGUACCUAUAUGCGAUAGAAGGCUUUCCUGGCAUCGGAGAAAGCGCGCUGACAAACUUUGCAUGUUCGCUCGAUCAGAAAGAACUUUUCAAACCCGCUAUCAAGCUCGCUCGACAUGGGUUCAAAGUCAACGUCGAUUUGGCCGAAGCGAUCCAACAAGGCAAAAGCUUCAUUUUGAACGGUGAGUUUCAGCGGAUCCCUUGGUGUCUUAGUACGAUCUCACCUGACCCAUUCGAACUCAAUGUGUUCAGAUACCCGCUGGGCUGAAGUCUACGCUCCCAACGGCACGCUCCUCGUCGAAGGCGAUACCGUCUACCGCAAGACCUAUGCUAACACGCUCGAGCAAGUCUCUUGGUACGGCGCUAAUCGCUUUUACUACGGCAACAUCGCCAAGCGCACCGUCCAAGCGAUCCGAGCCGCCGGCGGCAUCAUGACGAUGCAGGACAUGGGCAACUACAAGGCGAUCGUUCGCACGCCGGUCAACAUCACCUACCGAGGCGCACGAAUCUUCUCGACCGUUGCUCCGUCGAGUGGUGCGGUCGUCUUGUCCGCGCUAAAAAUUUUGGAAGGCUACCAGGCCAACUACACGGAUUCUCAACCUCAAAUCAACGUGACAACGCAUCGCCUUCUCGAAGCGACGCAAUUCGCUUACGGCCAACGAACACAGUACGGUGAUCCAGCUUUCGUUACUAACGUCGCUUAUUUGCAAAACUACUACCUCCAAGAAGACGUCGUCAAAGGGAUCCGUCGCCAGAUCAACGAUACCAAGACGUUCGGUGUGACAUACUAUGAUCCCAGCAAGUACACUGCGACGGCGGAGUCGGGAACGUCGCAUUUGGCGGUCAUCGAUGGGUCUGGGAUGAGUGUGUCGUUGACGACGACGGUCAACACGUACUGGGGCAGUAGGGUCAUGACCCCUGGUACGUUUUCGUGCGAAUGACUGGCAUUUUCUCAAUUUGACAUGUCUAACUCGGGAUUCUUCUUGUUGCCCAUGACAGACGGCAUCAUCGGCAACAACGAGAUGGACGAUUUCUCCUCACCCGGUCAAACGAACUCGUUCGGGUUCGCCUCUUCUCCCGUCAACUACAUCCGUCCCGGCAAACGCCCGCAAUCCUCGAUCUCUUCCUCGAUCGCUGAGGACUUGCACACGGGUGAAAUCCUCAUCGCGACUGGAAGUGCCGGUGGAUCACGCAUCAUCACCGCGACUUUACAACACCUCUACCACCACCUCGAUCAACAAUUGAACGCUUAUGAAGCCGUCGCUCACCCACGCUGGCAUGAUCAACUCUCCGGUCAAACGUUCUUCGAAUGGAAAGAACUUGACAAGGGAAUCGUCGGGUACGAUAAUGCGACGGUGGCUUAUUUGGCUGGGCAGGGGUAUAAUGUGACUUGGACGGGGGUGACGGGUAGUACGGGGCAUAUCGUGGUGAGGACCAAGAACGGGACGAUCGAGGCGGCGGCGGAUCCAAGAAAAGCGGCUGGUGCCGGAGUGGCGUACUAA